AUGGCUGUGUCCCAAGCAGUGGACGCCUACAAACAGAACAUAGAGAGGGCUAAAGUUGUUCACAGCACAUCACCAGAGCCCAACUUCCCUCUAUCUAUGCAAAGUGAUGAUCGGAAGCAAAGAAUGAAUUACAUCUUUUUGAAGCAGUGUGUCGAAAGCCGCCCAGUCACUCCAUUCCCCCAGGAGUGGAUUAACUCCAUAAAUGGUCAAAUCCCUUCUUAUCUAAAAGACAACCCAAAGAAAGCUAAACUGCUGAAAGAUCUAUUCACAGAAGUCAGUGACAACUUCCAUGAUGUCAUUAUCAAACAUACAGCACGAUGUGAAACCUUUGUCAAAAAUCGUAACUUGAUGGAGGCAAAUUUACACAUUCUACACCCCACAAUGCAAACCCUUUUGGAAAUUGGCCACACAACCUUCUCUUCAAUGGACUUGAUUGAUCUUACAGGAUAUAGGGCUUUCGACAAUGUUGAUAGUAAAGAGUUGCAGAAAAAACUGGCUUUAAAAUGUGAGACAACAGAAGAACAAAUCAUGAAUACCUGGUUCCCUAAAGUCAUCAAUUUAUUGACAAGUCCAAAAACAUUGGGCUCAGUUAAAGAAGAUGUACUAGAUGCCUUCUAUAAAUCUGCAUGCACACUCAUCUCCAAUCAGCUGAAAGCCUUAAAUCAGAGGAGUGUGGAGGCAUUUGUCUAUCCAUUUCAAAAGAAAAACCACCACUUUUUACCCAGCUUUCAUAUGGCUCUUACAUUUGAUGAUGGAAAAAUGGGAAUAAACCCCACCUUACUGGAACUUGAGGAAGAUGUUUUUGAAAUUCUCAAUACAAUAACAAAUACACUGCAGAAAGUGCAGACAGUUCAGUCAUGGCUAGCAGAAUCCACAACUGCAUUUGUGGAUGCCAAGGCCCCUGAUCACACGCUUGCUUGGGCUCAUGCCACUGUAAGGGCAACUGUUCGCACAAAUCUAGAAGAACCUGCUCGGUACUUUCAAAAUUAUGUGGAGAACUAUGACUGGCUGGUCAAUGGAACUGCCCAGACUAGAGUUGAGGCCUUUGUGGAGGAAACCCACUCAUUUGCUGAAUACAUUAAGCAAGUGGAGGAGUUUAGUAGCUUGUCAAGGGAGCUUGAAAAACUCCCAUCCAAAGUUCUCUUUCCAAUGGUCCAGUUGUAUUGUGAGCAGCUGAACCACGGACUGGCUAAAAAAGCCAAAGAUUAUGCAGAAAUACUUAUCAGGAACAUGAAAACCAAGCACAGUGAACAAAAUCUACAGAUCUGUUCAGAAUUUGAAACCAUUCAAGAAACAGCUUUACAUGUGCCAGAGACUACGGAGGACAUGGCCAAAAUGAUUGACUACAUUGAAAUAACUAAGACACAGAAUAUUGCACUUCUUCAUGAAAAGAUAAAGAAAUCCCACCAAAGACUGAGCUACCUUCUUGAUGUCCACAUAUUUGAACCUGAGGAUCUAGACCUUAAUUCAACUGUUUUAACUUGGCCAUUGAAAAUCCAAGAGGUCUUUGAAAUUAGCGACGAGGUUUUGCAGGAGGCCAAAAGAAAAGGGGAGCAGGAGAUGCUUGCUAAGAGAGAAAGGGUCACAGUUCAUCUGGCCAAGUUGAAACGAAGGGUUGACGAGUUCCCGCACUGCUCUGAACUUGAUAUGAUGCAGCAGUACUUGACAGAGGUCCGAACAGUUCAGAACUUUCUUCAGCAGGCUGAAGAAACAAUUGUUGACAUCCACAAAGACGAGGUGUUUCAUCAAUGGGAAGCAACAAAUUUCCCAGAAGUGGAGGUUAUGAGAGACAGUAUUGAACAAUACCAGAAUUUGUUUGGCCUGCUACUAAAAUGGCAACGUGCUCAGAGCAGCUGGAUGGAUGGUUCUUUUGUGGAUCUAGAUGGUGAUGGAAUGGAGGCAAAAAUAGAUGAAUUCUUCAGGGAGAUCUUCAAAAUGUUGAAAUACUUCCAGCAAAAAACAGGCACGAAUAAAAAGGAAGCUCAAAAGAUAACUGCAAUGUCCAGACGACGACACAGAGAUAAUGAUAUAAACGACGAAGAGGGUCCUUCAAAAUUGUGUUCUACUGUACUCGAGCAAGUCAAAGAGUUCAAGGAGUACGUCCCUUUAGUCUCUGUACUGUGCAAUCCGGGCAUCAGAGGUCGCCACUGGGAGCAGAUGUCGCAAAUUGUUGGGUAUGAGCUCACUCCUGAUGCUGGAACAACGCUACGCAAAGUCCUCAAGCAAAACUUAACUCCUUACCUGGAAGAAUUUGCAUCAAUCAGUGCCGCUGCUAGUAAAGAGUUCUCGAUGGAAAAAGCACUGAAAAACAUGGUUACUGUUUGGGAUGGUAUUUCUCUCAACCAUCAGCCGUACAGAGACACUGGUGUGUCCAUUCUGACUGCUUUGGAUGAAAUUCAGGCCUUGCUAGAUGACCAGAUUGUGAAAACGCAGACCAUGAGAAGCUCACCAUUCAUCAAGCCCCUUGAAAAAGAGAUAAAGAUUUGGGAGGAAAAUCUUAUUCGUAUCCAAGAGACCAUUGAUGAGUGGUUGAAGGUGCAGGGUCAGUGGCUGUAUCUUGAGCCCAUAUUCUGUUCUGCUGACAUCAUGCAGCAGAUCCCAGAAGAAGCACAACUCUUCCAAAUUGUUGACAAAAACUGGAAAGAGGUCAUGGAGCAUUGUGUUAAGGACUCAAAGCUUCUAGAGGCAACCUCCAUGCCCGGUCUACUUGAGAAACUACAAGAGUCUAACUGCCACCUUGACACCAUCAUGAAAGGACUAAAUGACUAUUUGGAGAAAAAGCGACUCUUUUUUCCAAGGUUUUUCUUUUUGUCCAACGAUGAAAUGCUGGAAAUUCUUUCAGAGACCAAAGAUCCUCUGCGUGUACAGCCCCAUCUAAGGAAGUGCUUUGAGGGUAUUGCUAAACUGGACUUCCUACCAAACCUCGACAUUCAGGCCAUGUACAGCAGUGAAGGGGAGCGUAUUGCCCUGAUUCAACUCAUCUCCACAGCUGAGGCUAAGGGAGCUGUGGAAAAGUGGCUGGUAAAAGUGGAAGACCUGAUGAUUCGUAGCAUCCGAGAUGUAGUGGAUCGCUCCAGAACGGCCUAUGCUGAAACCCCACGGAACCAGUGGGUAAAGGAAUGGCCCGGUCAGGUGGUGAUAUGUACCUCACAAAUGUUCUGGACCUCGGAGGUACAUGAAGCCAUUAGAGGAGGAGCUGAAGGUGUGAAAAAUUGUCUCCAUCAACUCCAAAAACAGCUCAGUGACAUUGUAGGCUUGGUGAGAGGGAAAUUACCCAAACAAACACGGAUCACUUUGGGAGCACUGGUGACAAUUGAUGUCCAUGCCAGGGAUGUGGUUUUGGAGCUCAUUGACCACGGUGUAGUAAAUGAAAAUGAUUUCCGAUGGCUAGCCCAGCUUCGCUAUUACUGGAGCAACGGUGAUGUUCGAGUUCACAUCAUGAACUGUGAUGUUCGGUAUGCUUAUGAGUAUUUGGGCAACUCUCCUCGGCUGGUCAUUACCCCACUGACUGACAGAUGCUACAGAACUCUGAUUGGCGCUUUCUUUCUAAAUUUGGGUGGUGCUCCUGAGGGCCCAGCUGGAACUGGAAAGACAGAAACCACUAAGGAUCUCGCCAAAGCUUUAGCUGUGCAAUGUGUGGUCUUCAACUGUUCUGAUGGGCUGGAUUACCUUGCUAUGGGAAAAUUUUUCAAAGGUUUGGCUUCAUCUGGAGCUUGGGCUUGUUUCGACGAAUUCAACCGCAUUGAACUUGAGGUCUUGUCUGUUGUGGCCCAGCAAGUCCUCUGCAUCCAGAGGGCUAUUGAAAUGAAAUUGGAGUACUUUGACUUUGAAGGAACCAUGCUUAAACUCAACCCCAACUGUUUUGUUUCAAUCACAAUGAAUCCCGGUUAUGCUGGGCGCUCUGAACUCCCUGACAACCUCAAGGUGUUGUUUCGAACAGUGACCAUGAUGGUGCCCAAUUAUGCACUGAUUGCAGAGAUAUCUCUCUAUUCUUGUGGAUUCCUAAAUGCCAAGCCUCUGUCAGUCAAGAUUGCAAUGACUUACAGGCUCUGCUCUGAGCAGCUUUCCUCCCAGUUCCAUUACGAUUAUGGCAUGAGGGCUGUCAAAGCCGUUCUUGUGGCUGCAGGAAACCUCAAGCUCAAGUAUCCCGAUCAGAAUGAGGACGUACUGCUUUUGAGGUCGAUAAAAGAUGUUAACGAGCCUAAGUUUCUUUCGCAUGAUAUUCCACUGUUCAAUGGAAUCACCAGUGAUUUGUUCCCUGGUAUCUCCCUUCCUGAGGCUGACUAUAAGCUGUUUUUGGAAGUUGCUGAAAAGUGUUGUAAAAAGCACAAUUUACAGACAACAAAGAUCUUCAUGGAGAAGAUAAUCCAGACAUAUGAGAUGAUGACUGUUCGGCAUGGGUUCAUGUUAGUGGGAGAGUCAUUUGCAGGAAAAACAAAAGUGCUGCAUGUUCUCGCUGACACACUGAUUCUGAUGAACGAGAAAGGGUAUGGAGAGGAAGAAAAGGUCAUCUUCAAGACAUUAAACCCAAAGUCUAUUACCAUGGGACAGCUCUUUGGGCAGUUUGAUUUUGUUUCUCAUGAGUGGACCGAUGGGAUUGUGGCCAAUACAUUUCGGGACUAUGCAUCAUCUGUAACACUGGACCGUAAAUGGGUGGUGUUUGAUGGCCCAAUAGAUACACUGUGGAUUGAAAGUAUGAACACUGUGCUGGAUGACAACAAAAAGUUAUGUCUCAUGAGUGGAGAAAUUAUCCAGAUGUCCAAUCAGAUGAGUCUAAUUUUUGAAGCGAUGGAUUUGUCACAGGCCUCUCCUGCAACAGUCAGUCGAUGUGGUAUGAUUUACAUGGAACCUUCUCAAUUGGGCUGGGAGCCUUUGGUGAUUUCCUGGAUGAACACACUUCCUGAUGUUCUGAAGAGUCCUGAGCAUAACUAUCUGCUGCAAGAACUCUUUUACUGGCUGCUUCCACCUUCCUUCGGGAUAGUGCGUAAACACUGCAGAGAAGUUGUCCCCACAACCAACUGGAAUACAUCUGUGUCCUUAUGUAGACUGUUUGAAAUGCUGCUUACUGAACCGCUGAAGACAGAGAAAAAUGAUAAAACGAUUCGCACCUGGAUUAUGGCAGCUUUUUCCUUUUCCCUAGUGUGGUCUGUGGGUGGCAGCUGUGAUUCAAAAAGCAGAGAGAAGUUUAGUGAGUUCAUCAGGGAUAUAGUGUCUGGAAAAAUACCAUAUCAUCCAGUUCCAGAUGUUGUGGGCAAAUGGGAGUGCCCAGUAGAUGAAAAAGGCCUGGUGUAUGACUAUUUCUACAAGUUUGAAGGAAAGGGCAAGUGGAUUCACUGGAAUGAUGCCAUCAAAAGUGUCAGCUUAGGAGACAAAAACACCAUGGUGCAGGACAUCAUUGUGCCUACCAUCGACUCUGUUCGAUACACCUACCUAAUGCACAUUUGUAUCAGCUAUGGAGUGCCUUUGCUGUUGUCUGGCCCUACUGGCACUGGAAAGUCAGUUUAUGUGAAGCAGAAGUUGAUGAACGGUCUGGACAAGGAACUCUUUUUACCCCUCUUAGUCAAUUUUUCAGCCCGCACCACUGCCAACCAAACCCAGAACAUUAUCAUGGCAAAAUUAGACAAGAGACGGAAAGGUAUAUUUGGUCCCCCCAUUGGAAAGAAAUACCUCAUAUUUGUAGAUGAUGUGAAUAUGCCAGCGCUGGAGCAAUUUGGAGCUCAGCCUCCCGUGGAGCUUCUUCGACAGUUUAUGGAUCACAAAAAGUGGUAUGACCUGAAAGAUACAUCUGGCAUCAAAUUAGUUGACAUCCAGAUUAUUACAGCCAUGGGUCCUCCUGGUGGGGGGAGGAAUGCGGUGACAUCUCGUUUUCUGCGCCACUUCAAUAUUUUUAGCAUAAAUUCUUUCAGUGAUGAGACAAUGGUUCGGAUCUUCUCCAGCAUGGUGGCAUUCUACCUCAAGAACAAUGACUUUCCGCCAGAAUAUUUUACAGUUGGCACUCAAACUGUGACAGCAACAAUGGAAGUCUACAAGCAAGCAGUGGAAAACUUGCUUCCGACACCAGCCAAGUCUCACUACACUUUUAAUUUGCGGGAUUUCUCACGUGUUAUACAAGGGUGUCUGCUUGUGAAAAGCAAAUCUCUGGAGAACAAACACACCAUGAUACGUCUGUUUGUCCACGAGGUUUUCCGUGUCUUUUACGACCGCUUGGUGGAUGACCUGGAUCGAGCAUGGUUUUAUCAGCUGAUGACCAAGAUCCUCAAAGAUCACUUCAAUGAAGCAUUCAACCAGGUGUUUGAUCACCUAAAACAAGGCAGUAAAUUGGUCGAGCAAGACAUGCAGAAUCUACUUUUUGGAGACUACAUGAACCCUGACUUCGAGGCAGAUGAACGCUUGUAUGCAGAGGUGCCUUCUGUAGAAAGCUUUGCUGAGGUGGUAGAGGCAUGUCUUGUUGAAUACAAUCAGAUGACCAAGAACCACAUGAAUCUUGUCAUUUUCCGCUAUGUCUUGGAGCACCUGUCCCGUAUAAGCCGUGUGUUGAAGCAGCCAGGAGGAAAUGCCUUGCUAGUAGGAGUAGGAGGAAGUGGGCGCCAGUCCACCACUCGUUUGGCUACGUUCAUCGCUAAGAUGAAACUGUUCCAACCUGAAAUCUCCAAAAACUACAGCAUGAUUGAGUGGAGAGAUGACCUUAAGAAGCUUCUCAAGGAUGCAGGAGUGAAAGGUCAAAAAAUUGUUUUUUUGCUGACUGAUGCUCAGAUCAAGGAUGAGACUUUUCUAGAAGAUAUAAACAGUUUCCUAAACACAGGAGAGGUACCUAAUCUGUUUGCUACUGAUGAGAAACAAGAUAUCAUUGAGUCAAUAUGUCCUAUCGCCCAAGCGAAGAAUAAAAGUCUAGAGUUGAGCCCUUUGUCUCUGUUUGCCUAUUUUCUGGCACGCUGCAAGGAGAACCUUCACAUUGUUGUGGCUUUUAGUCCUAUCGGGGAAUCCUUCCGUACUCGCCUGCGCCAUUUUCCAUCUCUAAUUAACUGUUGUACCAUUAACUGGUUUCAGCCCUGGCCAGAGGAGGCUCUUGAGCGGGUAGCAAACUCUUUCUUAAAGCCACUGGAGUUAAAAGAAGAUGAGAGGAAGGAGGUCAUACUUAUUUGCAAAACAUUUCACACCUCUGCUUGUCAGCUUUCAGAUAGAUUCUUCUCUGAGCUUGGUCGUCAUAAUUAUGUGACGCCCACAUCCUAUCUAGAGCUCAUGUCAGCUUUCAGUGAUCUCCUCACGAUGAAAAGAGAUGCCGUGAUGAAGGCAAAGAAAAGAUACACUAGCGGUUUGGAAAAACUUGCCUUUGCUGAGUCUGAGGUUGGUGAGAUGAAACUGGAACUGGUCAAAUUACAGCCCAAACUGGAAGUGGCACAGAUGGAAAAUGAUAAAAUGAUGGCGGUGAUCGCCGUGGAGUCUGUGGAGGUGGAAGCUAAAAGUAAACUAGUUCGUGUUGAAGAGGAGGCCACGGCUGUUCAAGCUACUAAAGCGCAAGCUCUCAAGGAUGAGUGUGAUAGUGAACUGGCUGAGGCCAUACCAGCCCUAGAGGAGGCAAUUGCAGCUUUAAACACCUUGAAGCCUGCUGACAUCACUGUUGUGAAGUCCAUGAAAAACCCUCCUGCUGGAGUUAAGUUGGUGAUGUCAGCCAUAUGUGUAAUGAAGGGAAUGCCUCCAGACAAGGUGGCAGAUCCCAGUGGUUCUGGAAAAAAGGUUUUGGACUACUGGGGUCCAAGCAAGAAGCUACUUGGUGACAUGAACUUUUUAAAGGAUCUAAAAGAAUAUGAUAAGGAUAAUAUUCCAGAGGACUCAAUGCUAAAAAUUCGUACUAUCUACAUGAACAAUCCUGACUUCAACCCUGCUAAAGUGGCAAAAGCCUCCUCGGCAGCAGAGGGCCUGUGCAAGUGGAUCAAAGCAAUGGAGUCCUAUGACAGAGUGGUUAAGAUUGUGGCACCCAAAAAGGCGAAACAAAUUGAAGCUCAGACAACCCUAGCAUCGGCGAUGGCUGAGUUAUCAGAAAAGAGAGCCCAACUAAAAGAGGUUGAGGACCGUUUAGCUGACCUGAAGAGAACAUCAGAGGAAAAAAGAGAGGAAAAAGUCAAACUUGAAACCCAAAGGGAUUUGUGUCAACAGAAGUUACAGAGAGCUGAAAAACUCAUUGGUGGUCUGGGUGGGGAGAAAACUAGAUGGUCGAAGGCUGCUGAUGAUCUGCAAAACACAUAUGACAACCUCACUGGAGAUGUCCUUAUUUCUGCUGGUGUCAUUGCCUACCUGGGUGCUUUCACUUCCAGCUUCAGACAGAAUUGCACCAGUCGUUGGAUCAAAUUGUGUCAAUCAAGGAGCAUCCCAUCGUCAGAUGAUUUCGCUCUCAGUAAGACCUUGGGAGAUCCUAUUAAGAUUAGAGCAUGGAACAUUGCUGGCCUCCCCACUGACUCAUUCUCGAUUGACAACGGUGUCAUUACCUUUAAAUCACGUCGCUGGCCCCUGAUGAUUGAUCCCCAGGGUCAGGCAAACAAAUGGGUGAAGAAUUCAGAGAAAGACAACAAUGUGCACAUUAUCAAAUUAACCGAUGAUGAUUAUAUGAGAACCGUAGAAAACUGUAUACAAUUUGGAAGCCCAGUACUACUUGAAAAUGUAGGAGAAGAAUUGGACCCCUCACUGGAGCCUCUACUCCUGAAACAAACCUUCAAACAAGGUGGUGUGGAAUGUAUAAAACUAGGGGAGAGUGUGAUUGAGUACUCCUCUGAAUUCCGCUUCUACAUCACCACCAAGUUGAGGAAUCCUCAUUAUUUACCAGAGCUGGCCACCAAAGUGUCUGUGCUGAAUUUCAUGAUCACUCCUGAGGGCUUGGAGGACCAGCUGUUGGGAAUUGUAGUUGCCAAGGAAAGGCCAGAGCUCGAAGAGGAAAGAAAUGCACUCAUCUUACAGUCAGCUGCAAACAACAGGCAACUAAAGGAAACUGAGGACAAGAUCCUUGAGACACUUUCUUCCUCAGAGGGAAAUAUUUUGGAAGAUGAGAGUGCAAUUCAGGUCUUGGACUCUGCAAAGAUCAUGUCCAAUGAGAUUACAAAGAAACAAAAGAUUGCAGAGGAGACUGAGAUUAUGAUAGCCGAGUCGAGGGAGUGUUACAGAUCGAUUGCCAAACACUCCUCUGUCCUGUUCUUUACUAUUGCCGAUCUAACCAACAUUGACCCAAUGUAUCAGUACUCUCUGAGCUGGUUUGUCAACCUCUACAUAAACUCUAUUCAAGACAGUAAAAAAUCCAAAAUCCUGGAAAAGAGGGUCAUGUACCUGGUUGAUCACUUCACCUAUAAUUUGUUUUGCAAUAUCUGUCGCUCCCUAUUUGAGAAAGAUAAACUUCUAUUCUCCUUCAUCCUCUGCUGCAAUCUGCUUCUGGCUAAAAAGGAGAUUGAGUACUCUGACUUGAUAUUCUUGAUGACUGGAGGAGUGGGCCUGCAAAAUACGCUUGCAAAUCCUGAUCCAAGCUGGCUGCAAGACAAGAGCUGGGAUGAAAUUUGUCGAGCCAAUGAGCUUCCUGGCUUGAAAGGAUUUAAAGACGCUUUCAUUCGGGAUCCAGAACUUUUCAAGCCUAUUUUUGACAGCAAAGAUCCAAGCACAGUUCCUUUGCCCUCCCCUUGGGAUGAAAAACUCAAUGAACUGCAGAAGAUGAUCAUUGUACGCUGUCUAAGGCCUGACAAGAUUGUGCCGGCUGUGAAUCGUUACGUGGUAACUAAGCUAGGGAAAAAAUUUGUACAGCCCCCUCCUUUUGACCUAAGCAAGAGCUACAUGGAUUCUAAUGCCACCAUCCCACUACUGUUUGUGCUUUCUCCUGGUGCUGACCCCAUGGCUAGUUUACUGAAGUUUGCUGCUGACAAGAACAUGGGUGGUAACAACUUCCAGUCCAUUUCUCUGGGACAGGGCCAAGGACCAAUUGCGAACAAAAUGAUAUCUACGGCCAUGCAGAAUGGGACCUGGGUGUGUUUGCAGAAUUGCCAUCUGGCUGUGUCUUGGAUGUCCACAUUGGAAAAGAUUUGUGAGGAAUUCAGUCCAGCAACAUGCCAUCAGGACUUCAGACUUUGGCUCACAAGCUACCCUUCGCCCAAGUUUCCAGUGACCCUUCUUCAGAAUGGAGUGAAAAUGACAAAUGAGCCCCCGACAGGACUUCGAUUAAACAUACUGCAGUCAUACAUGUCUGAUCCUGUUUGUGACCAAGCCUUCUUUCAUAAUUGUACAAAUAAGGAACUGGUCUGGGAAAAGCUCCUGUAUGGCCUGUGCUUCUUCCAUGCACUUGUUCAGGAGAGAAGAAAGUUUGGCCCACUUGGCUGGAAUAUUCCUUAUGGUUUUAAUGAGACUGACCUUCACAUAAGUAUCAGACAGCUCCAGUUGUUUAUCAAUCAAUACGAAGAUGUGCCCUUCGAAGCCAUAACUUACCUGACCGGAGAAUGCAACUACGGGGGCCGUGUAACUGACAAUUGGGAUCGGCGCCUCCUCAACACCAUGUUGGCUGACUUCUAUAAUAAAGAUGUUGUGGAUAAACCUUCUUAUCCCUUUUCACCCAGCGGUGACUAUGUUGCCCCACCUAAAUUGUCCUAUGAUGAAUACCUUCAGUUUAUCAGAGAUCUUCCACUCAGCCAGCAUCCAGAAAUAUUUGGGAUGCACGAAAAUGUGAGCAUUUCAAAGGACCUGCAGCAGACCAAGGUGUUGUUUGAUUCACUGCUUCUCACCCAGGGAGGAGGUGCUAAGGGAGGAGGUAGCUCUGGGAAUGACAGUGCGGUGUUUGACAUAGCAAAUGACAUCCUCACUAAGCUUCCAAACAAUUUUGACCUUGAAAUAUCGCUCAAUAAGUACCCAGUGCUUUACAACGAGAGUAUGAACACUGUACUUGUCCAAGAAAUGGAGCGCUACAACCAUCUGAGCACUGCCAUCCGUGUGAGUCUUCAGAACCUGCUUAAGUCCCUCAAAGGCUUAGUGGUUAUGGAUGCUGAGUUGGAGGGAAUUGCAAAUAGUCUGGCAGUGGGCAGGGUUCCAGAACAAUGGGCCAAACGCUCAUACCCCAGCCUCAAGCCCCUUGGCAGUUACAUUAAUGAUUUUCUCUCAAGGCUUGGGUUUUUGCAGGAAUGGUUCAAUUUCGGUAAGCCCAGUGUGUUCUGGCUGUCGGGAUUCUUCUUCACCCAAGCCUUUCUAACAGGGGCUACACAGAACUACGCCAGGAAAUACAACAUUCCCAUUGACUUGUUGGGCUUUGACUUUGAGGUUUUACCUAUUGAUCAGUCUGACAUGCCUCCAGAAGAUGGUGUCUUUAUUAAUGGUUUGUUUCUUGAUGGAGCUCGAUGGGACAAGCAAAGUGGAGUAUUAGUGGAGCAGCAUCCUAAAAUCCUCUUCGAUACAGUGCCCAUUAUCUGGAUAAAACCUACAAAUGACAUACCAGAUGAAUCUGACGAUCGCUACGUCUCUCCUCUCUACAAGACCAGUGAGAGGAGGGGCACUCUUUCUACAACAGGACACUCCACCAAUUUUGUUGUUCCAAUGUUGUUGCCCACUACCAAGCGCCCUCAACACUGGAUCAAGCGUGGUGUCGCGCUACUCUGUCAGCUAGAUGACUGA